GAGUCACUGAGAGAUACAAGUCAAUGUGAACGAGUCACUACUGACAACAUGGGCAUUGAGGAGCAUUGAUCUGGUGAUCAGCAUCGAUUUGACUCAACACAUUAAUUCAUGCUGAAUAUAAUAUUUACAUCAAUUCUCUGUCUUUAACGCCAUGCAUGACGAGACCGAAAGCGAUAAAAAAUUAUCACGCUUUGCCUGGUGGCCUUCGUGGCGUCCAACUUCACUUUCCCUCCUGAACAACACCGAGACCAAAAUCCUAGAUCGUGUUCAGAAUGAUCUGUGGGCUCGUUUUGUCUCGCUGCCGACUCGGGACAGAAUCUGGACUCUCACAGUUACUCAUAAAAGUCACAGAGAUGCUCCAAAUUCACGCUCACAGACUCCGCUGGUGAUGGUACACGGCUUCGGGGGUGGCGUCGGUCUGUGGAUCAGGAACCUAGACCCUUUGUGUCGAUCACGUCCCAUCUUCGCUUUUGACCUGCUAGGAUUCGGACGCAGCUCUCACCCUCGCUUCCCGCUGGACCCCGUUCAGGCCGAGCAGCAGUCCGUCAUCUCUAUAGAACACUGGAGGCGGACGCUGGGCCUGGAGAAAAUGAUCCUAUUAGGUCACAGCUUAGGAGGUUACCUGGCAACUUCAUAUGCCAUACAGUAUCCUGAGAGAGUUCGUCACCUGAUCCUGGUGGAGCCCUGGGGUUUCGAGCCCGUGCCUCCCGGCGGGGUGGCGAGUCUUGGAUUCCCACGCUGGGUGGAGAUGGUCUUAUCCAUGGCAUCGUUUUUCAACCCUUUGGCUGUUGUCCGGGCCACUGGGCCAUGGGGUCCAAAGUUAAUCAGCCGAGUUCGACCAGACUUCAAGAGGAACUUUGAGGAGAUUUUUAAUGAUGAUACCAUUAUGGAAUACAUCUAUCACUGUAAUGCUCAGACUCCCAGUGGAGAGGUCGGGUUCAGAGCCAUGUCUGUCUCCCUGCUUUGGGCAAAGAGGCCCAUGCUGGACCGGGUUCACCUCUUGCCCCCUGACCUCCCAGUGACCCUGGUGUAUGGAGGCCAGUCAUGGAUGGACAGUGCGACCGGAGAGCAAGUCGCCCGGCUCAGACCCAACAGCUACACACAUACAGUGGUUGUUGAAGGAUCUCCUCAUCAUGUUUAUGCUGAUAAGCCUCAAGCGUUCAAUGCUGUGGUGCAGAGCAUCUGUGACACUGUGGAUUAACCUGUGUGUGUGUGUGUGUGUGUGUGUGUGUGUGUGUGUGUGUGUGUGUGUGUGUGAGAGAGAGAGUUUGUGUGUACUUGUACAGUUUAUUACUUUAAUGAUCAAUGUCACAUUUUCCUUUUUAAAUAAAUCUUUAUCACAUGAA